GUCCUGGUUUUGGAAGUGGGACAGAGAGAGAUUCUGGCGAUAGAAUCAAGGCUUGAUUGGAUCUGGAGGCUGAAGCAGAGAAGAGGAUGCGGGCUUGUGGGCUGGGCUGGGACAUGGGCAGAGCCAAGUGGCGAAGAGCCGGGGCCCUGGAUCCAGGUCCCAGCUCCGCUGCUGUGCAACCCUGAACGAGUGACUUCACCUCUCUGAACCUUUGUUUCCUCAUCUGUCGGGAUAGUAAUGGUGCCUCUCCCCCAGCAGCUGGGAGGAUUCCGAAGUGAGCGGGCAGGCCCCCCAGGAACGGAGACGAUGGCCUUGAAGCCGGAGAAGAGGGUUGCCUCGUCUGUCUUCAUCACGCUGGCACCGCCGCGUCGAGACGAGGCCGUGGCUGCGGAAGUGAGGCGGGCGGCUUGCGAGGCCCGGUCUGGCCGCUCCCGGGAGCCUCCCGCUCCCACCGAGGCUGCCGGGGCCGGGUCAGCAGGGAGGCCCGGCCCUCGGACCCCACCGGCCAGGGCGGCCGCCCCAGGCCCAGCGGUGCCACCUCAGCUCUCCAAUGGAGGGUGCUGUCUCCCUCCUCCCACUCUGGAUGGCGAGGACGCACUCCCGGACCUGGACCUCCUCCCGCCUCCGCCGCCAUACCCCGAUGAGGAGCCCCCUGCCCCGAUGGGGGCCUCCCUCAUUUCGGACUUAGAGCAGCUGCACCUGCCCCCGCCCCCGCCCCAGUCCCUGGAAGAGAGGCCUCCCCUCCAGCCGCAGCCCAGUCCUCCCAGGCCCGUGCAGGAAGAGCUGCCGCCUCUCCCUGAAGACCCUGCUGGCUUCCACAAGAGAGAGGCGUCCACAGACGUCUGUGCCUUCUGCCACAAGCCCGUGUCCCCCCAAGAGGUGGCCGUGGAAGCCAUGAAGAGGCAGUACCAUCCCCGGUGCUUCACAUGCCGCACCUGUCGCCGCCAGCUGGCCGGGCAGAGCUUCUACCAGAAGGAUGGGCGGCCCCUCUGUGAAUCCUGCUACCAGGACACCCUGGAGAAGUGUGGCAAGUGUGGCGAGGUGGUCCGGGAACACAUCAUCCGGGCCCUGGACCAGGCCUUCCACCCCGCCUGCUUCACCUGUGUCACCUGUGCACGCUGCAUUGGCGACGAGAGCUUCGCCCUGGACAACCAGAAUGAAGUGUACUGCCUGGACGACUUCUACAGGAAAUUCGCCCCCAUGUGCAGCAUCUGUGAGAACCCCAUCAUCCCUCGAGACGGGAAGGACACCUUCAAAAUCGAGUGCAUGGGGAAGAACUUCCAUGAAAAUUGCUACCGGUGCGAGGACUGCAGGACCCUGCUGUCUGUGGAGCCCACAGACCAAGGCUGCUACCCGCUGAACAACCGUCUCUUCUGCAAGCCGUGCCACGUGGAGCGGAGUGCCGCCGGGUGCUGCUGAGGGCGCCCGCUGGGCCCCGGCCUGAGGGCGGCGGGGCGGGGGGACACCUUUCCUGACUCAGUUUGCCUUUCUGACCCACUUUUGCACACUUUUCCUUCUGAGCCGUGACGGGCCAGCCUGAAGCUCUGCCCACCGGGUCCAGGCUGAGCCGCCCCCGCCCCCUCCCAGCUCAGAGGCCGGGGGACAGUGCCCCUCAGGCUUUCCACUCCUCCUUCUGCCCUCUGGGCUCUGCCAGGCUUCCAGACCAUGAACACCACGCCCAGAGUUCCCAUGUCCUGGGCCCCAGCCCCUCUCGAGCGCUGGCCUUGACCCCCAUUUCCACGAGCGAGUUGGGGUGAGUCCGUGGAGGGCUCCCUGUGCCCCGAGCAGCGACGCUUCAGCUGUCCUACAGGGGGCGCUAAGACCAGCUCUGGCUCGCCCGACUGAGCUGUUUGAGUAGAACUCCAAGGUCCUCCUUGAAAAGCCGCCUCCUCCUCUUUUUUUUUUUUUUUUAAUUUGAGAUUUAAAUCAUGAGAAACAUUCUUUGGAUUUGGGGCGAGGUGGGGAUCUUAGUGGGAAAUGUUUCAUAAAUGUACGAGAAUGUGACCUAGUGGCGGCGGCCAUGGACUUCUCACCGGGGGACACGUCAUGCUGACAUGGGCACCAGACCCAGGCAUGAACCUGAACAGCGGGGACGGGGGGAGAGAUGCCCAAGGACGUCAGCAGCCCCUCCGCCCUGCCUUCUGGCGCUCCUCCCGUGUGCGACGGUGAUUCAACAGACGUUGAUUAAGUGCCAAUAGUUUGCUGGGGAACAGGGUACCGGGAGCUCUGCGUGUUCCUCCGACAGCCUUGACGGGGGCCAUGCACACAGACACCCCCCCACACACACACGUGCACGCACUUCUCCAAGGACAGUGCCAAGGCUGGCCGUUCAGCCCACCUGCUUACCCCCCGCCCCCAAGCCCCACUUGGACCCUCCAGCCCAGGCUGCCUUGUGACCCUGCUUCCACAAGGCUGUACCUAGAAGAGUCUUCUUCCCCGUUAAGGAAAAUCACUAUGUUGCUUUGUAACUUCUAAGACAUGUUGUAGGGCAGAACGAAUGAAACAAAGUACUUCCUCCCGCCCUGGGCUCCGUACCAGUACGGGGGUAGGGGGGUGGGGUGUUUCUCUGCAGAGCCCAGACUCUUGCUCAAAGCUUGGGGAGUGAGGCCCCUACUUGGGGCACUCCCAUACCACUUCCGCAAUUUUUGUCCUGAGGAUCUCCUAGUCUCUUAUUCCUUAAUAUUUUCUUUGAUGCACACCUACUUUUUAAUUUUACUUAUUUCAAAUGUUAGUCUUGUGCUAUGCAAUAUAUCCUGCAGUCACACAUUGAUGUGUUGGUUAUGUUUUUUUUCCUGUUGCAUGUGAAAAUAAACACGUGCCUAGUAGAAGUCCA